AUGUCAUCACUAGACAGCGAUGAUCUGGAUGCUAUCUUUAUGCAGAUUCAGGCUAUAAUAUGGCAGCUAGCUGAGAAGACUUCCAACCACUUCGGUCAUAUUCAAGACGGUAACUUCAAGACAAACUCUCCUAUUGGAUAUUUGCGUACCAGGGCUUUAAUGGACAAAUUGAAGAACCUUUUAAAUGAAGGAGAUUGGGAGGAGAAAGGAAAUGACAAUUACAUGGAUUGGAUCCUACUACGACAGUAA